CUUUCACUGUGGUGUCCAAAAUAUCAUCUAUCAAUAAAGAAAAUAUUUUUGGUAUUUAAUUACUAACCCAACUUCCUUUUCUUUUUACAUUCCCAAUUCCUUUAAAUGUCCAGGAAAAUCUCAGAUGAUUGAGUUGGAGAAGACUGUCCUGGAGUGUUAGAGGAUUCAAUAUGAAUACUCCAGUGUUUCACUGUAACAUUUCCUGUUGCUAUAGUUUAAAAACCAUUCUUUACUGGGUUCAGAAAAGGUCCUUGUUAACUGACAGUCUCCAACAUUAUAAAUGCCUGUUCCAUCCUCCCAAAUCCAAUCUUUUAAUGUGAUUGUUGUUAGGAUGGGUAUUCAGUGCUCUAGUUUUGGGAAAAAUUAUGUUAACAUCUGUACGUUGAGGGGGCUUCCAUUCAGGUACUUGGUAUUCCUGGUUCAUCAUGUGUAUUUCUUUUAAAAUAAAUAUCAAUGUGUUGUAUUGGACCUUGCUACUCAAUUGCAUGUCUAUGUCCAGGCAAGUGGGAAGUUUCAAGCUUUCUCUUUUAUCUUAUGGUAGAGAUUUAGGGCUCAUUAUUCAUUAUACAGACAACAUUUGUGUUUGUUCAAACACAAAUAACAACAAAGAAGGGCAUCCAUCCAAGGUGAUGUUGUAACUGGGGUGCCCCCUAGGCUGCUUAUUGGAUAUUGCUUUUACCUCCUUCUCCAGCAGAUACACCAGGUGCAUGGAAGAAGAGAACCACACAGCCUUAGCACAAUUUCUCCUCUUGGGCCUCUCAGAGGAUCCUGAACUGCAGUCCUUUCUGUUUGGACUGUUCCUGACCAUGUACCUGGUCACAGUGCUUGGGAACCUGCUCAUCAUCCUGGCCAUCUGCUCUGACGCCCACCUCCACACCCCCAUGUACUUCUUCCUCUCCAACCUGUCCUUGGUUGACAUCUGUUUCAUCUCCACCACGGUCCCCAAGAUGCUGGUGAACAUUCAAGCACAAAGGAAAGACAUAUCCUACACAGAGUGCCUCACUCAGGCAUAUUAUUGUAUGAUUUUUGUUGGAAUAGAUGUUUUACUACUGACGAUAAUGGCGUAUGACAGAUUUGCAGCCAUCUGCCAUCCCCUGAACUACAUAGUCAUCAUGAGCCCUCGGCACUGUGGCCUUCUGGUUCUGAUUUCUUGGUUUAUCAUAUGCUGGGUGUCCCUGAUUCAUAUCCUAUUGCUGAAGCAGCUGACCUUCUCUAUGGGCACUGAAAUCCCACAUUUCUUCUGUGAAGUGGCUCAGCUUCUCAAGGUGGCCACCUCUGACACCCUUGUCAACAACAUCUUUAUGUUUGUGGUGGCUGUUGUGCUGGGUACGAUUUCUGUCACUGGAAUUCUCUUCUCUUACUCUCAGAUUGUCUCCUCCUUAAUGAAGAUGUCCUCUGUGAGCAAGUAUAAAGCCUUUUCCACCUGUGGGUCCCACCUCUGUGUGGUCUCCUUGUUCUAUGGAACAGGCCUUGGGGUUUACCUCAGUUCUCCUGUGACUCAUUCUGCCCAGAAAAUCUCUAUUUCUUCAGUGAUGUACACUGUGGUCACCCCCAUGCUGAACCCCUUCAUCUACAGCCUGAGGAACAAGGAUGUGAAGGGGGCCCUGGGGAGACUCCUUACCAGAGCAGCCUCCUGUCCCUGAUGGAUAAUUGACCUCAGAGUCAAGUGGACAUUGUGUGCUCUGAAGGCAAGUGUUGUGAAUUUCAGUGUGUUGGCUACUUUUCUCCCACAAAUGCCAAGUUGAAUUUUUUGUACUCCAGAACCACCCAGGCACUUGCUUCUACGUAAUUUUGUGUUCGUUUUCCUCAGUAGUGUUCCAUUUUAACUUUUCUUCCUGUGGUCAUGAUGUAUGGUCCAGUUUGGUAACUUUUUUUACAGAUAUUCCUGAGACUUCCUACAUGGUGUAAAUCAAUUACAUUAAGUGCUGACAUGGUUUUCCAAAAAAACUAGUGCUUGAAACUUCGUGUUCUUCACCUUAAUUUGUUCUCUCAUUUCCCCUAGAAGGAAUGAAAAUGAAAAACUUCAGUGCAAAAUGUUUAACUCAUUAGAUCUGUGCUUGAAUUUUUACUCACAUGGCUUCAUUUGAUCCUGAGUCACUUCUUGACUGUAUUUUCUGUAAUUCACCCAGUUUCUUUGAGGAAGAGCCUGAGAAUGGGGUGCAUGAUAUUUCAACAUCUGGAACCAGAUGCUGAGCCCAUAUGCCUCCCUUUGCUCUCCUACUUUUUGUAAGAAUAGAGAUUGCAUUUUUAACAUUAUCACUGUAUUCUAGCUUUGAAUAUGACUUCUCUGAUUUGGCUCAUAGUGAUAUGAUACUUGGGAAAACUCUGAUGUUGCUACAUGGUUUGUAAUCCUUGAUUUUCUCCUUACCUCCAUUUCUUCUUUCAUUCCUUCCUUCCUCCUUCAUCCUCUCCUCCUCCUUCUGUUCUUCAUUUUGACUGUUUUACUGGUAAUGUUAACUUACUCCACUCCUUUUUAUUGCUGAAUAAUAUUCUACUGUGUGAAUAUACACAGAAGGCAAGCUGUUUUUCCUUCUACUUAUUGAUGGCCAUUUGGAUAUUUACUGUCUUUUGACAAUCGGGAACAGUGCUUCUGAUAAUUAUGUGCACGUGUUUAUCUGUUUGAGUACAGCCAUGUAACAGAGGAGAAACUGCAUAUACCAUGGUUGCCCCACAGCAUUGAAUUUAUUCAUGUCCUGGCCAUCUCAAUUUGUGGAGUAUCCUCUGAAAUGCUUGUACAAUGGGGAAAUCACAUAACAAACCUAUUCUCAGAUCCUACAGGGGCUGUUAAGCAGCAAAUGACUAAACUUGUUUUCAAUUAUUAUAUUAAUGUUUUCAGAAUGGAACCACUGUGUCAUAUGGUCAUUGUGUGUUUAAUUUUUUCAAGAAUAGCCAAAUAAAGUUUGUAUUCUAAUGCAUACAGUUUCUAAUAUCUUCAUAUCCUUUCCAAUACUUGUUAUUUUCAAAAAAAUUAAAAGGAUAGCUUUGUAUUGGCUGUGGAGUUGUCUUGUAUUUUGAUUUUGAUUUGCAUUUGACGAACUGAGCUUGCUUUGGGGGGCUUUUUGGUAGUUUAUAUGUCUUCUCUGCAGAAAUGUUAUUUCAACUCUUGCUCAUUUCGCAGUGUAGAUGUGCAUACUUUUGCUCCUACCCUGUGAGAGUUCAUCAUAAGUUGUGGGUACUCGACCCUUAUUAGAUACGUGUUUUGCAAUAUUUUCCCUUUCCAUAUUGUCUUUCCAUUUAUUUCAAGUGUUCAAUUUAACAUCAUUAACUAUAUUCAUUAUGGUAUACAAUAGAUUCUUUGAGAUUAUUUCUCUUAGGUGAAUUUUGGUGUUCUUUCACCAACACCUACUAAAUCCCUACCCACAGCCUCGGGCAGCCAACAUUUUACUCUAUCUUCUUGAGUUGACUAUUUUAGAUUCACAUGUGAAUCCUUGUGGUGUGUGCCUGGCUCAUUUCUCUUAAAUGAAUGCCACAUAGGUUCAUUCAUGCUGCCCGAAAGGACAAGAUUUCCUUCAUUUUAUGCCUGAAUAGAGUUCCUGUGAGUAUACCCACCACAUUUAUUAUCUAAUCAUCUGAUUAUAAGCAGUUAACUUGAUUUCAUAUCUUGGCUAUUGUUAAUCACACCAUGAUAAUGGGAAUGCACAUACAUUUUGACAUUCUGAUUUCAGAUGUAUUAGACAUACAUGCAGUAGAGGGAUUGCUGGAUCAUAUGGUAAUUCUACUUUUAAAUUCUUGAGGAAAUUCCAUAAUGAUAUUCAAUGGCUGCACCAAUUUAUAUUCUCACUUGUUCAAUAAUGUCUUGUUUCCAAAUCCUCCAUGAUGCCUGCUAUCAUCCAUCUUUUGGGUGAAUGAUAACAAGUGUGAAGUGAUAUCUCAUGGUGAUUUCAAUUUGCAUUGCCCUUUUGUUCAGUGCUGUUGAACACUGUUUCACACUCCUGUCAGUAAUUUGUAAGUCUUCUUUUUAGAAAUGUGUAUGCAGGUACUUUGCCCAUUUAUAAUUGAGUUAUUUAUUUAUUACUAUUAAGUUGUUUGAUUUCCAUAUAAUUUAGAUAU